AUUCUUAAAUGCUUAUUAGAAAAUAUGUCAUGUAGAAUUAGCCCGCGCACUCGUGUUAUUUAGAAAGUCAUACAAAAACACUGAUUUACUACAACUUUUGUUUCGUCGGGUUGUAAAACCACUGCACUAAGAGUCAAAGAAUGGCUGAAAAUGCAGAUUUAAUCAAACAAGCAAUGUUUGAAGAACUGCAAAAAAUCCUCAAUCCAGAUGGAGAAAUAAGGAGACAAGCAGAAGAAAGGUUGGCUCAGCUGAAAUUCACGGAAGGUUACGGUAUAUAUCUUGCAGAAAUCACUAUUAAUCAAAAUUUGGAUUUGUCUUUCCGACAACUUGCAUCAGUCAUGCUAAAACAAUAUGUCGAAGACUGUUGGUCAGUCGAAGAAUGUGAAAAUUCGGUUGAUGGCAAUUUGAUGGUAAAUCCCGAAGCAAAAACGGCUAUAAAAACUAUACUUCCUCAGGGACUGUAUGAUCCAAAUAGUAAGAUUCGCAGUGUGGUGGCCUAUUCAAUAUCAAACAUUGCAUCAUACGAUUGGCCGAAUGAUUGGCAAGAGCUUUUUGAUAUAAUUGUUAAAUGUCUGAGCGGAAAUGAAAACUCAGUACACGGUGCUAUGAAGGUACUUGUCGAGUUUACAUUGGAUUUGGACAAGCAAAUUAUAGACGUUGGGCCAAUGAUACUUUCCGAAGUUUACAGAAUAUUCGAAGCUCAGGCUGUUUAUAGUGUUUCUACUCGAAGCUAUGCCAUCAAAAUCCUUAACUCAUUGUUGCGUAGCAUUAACACGCAUGUUGAAUCCAAGCAGGAUCAAACAAUUAUUUUGAACCCAACUCUUCCCACCUUUACGCAUAAAAUGAUUGAAGGACUUACUGUACCAAAUGGACCGCACAGUAGCUUCGAACUUAAAACAGAAAUUGUUAAAGUUCUCAAGUAUAUGAUUUCUGACAUGCCUAAGUUUGCAAGUCAAUAUCUGUCCGCGAUUUUGCCUCCAAUUUGGCAGCUUUUGACUCAAAUGGCUGAUAUUUAUAUCAAGGUAAUCGUAAACGAAACAGAGGAAACGCCGUUUACUAGUAAUACUGAAGGCGAUGAAAACGAAGAUUUCAUUUCAAUGAUUUUACAAAUUUUUGAAUUUUUGCAUACAAUCAUAGAAAUGAGAAAAUACAAAGGCGCUAUCACAAACGUUCUGACCGAUUUGAUUUACAUUGUUAUUCUAUACAUGCAAAUGACCGAAGAACAAGCACAAAGUUGGCACGACGACCCGGAAAAAUUUGUUGAAGAUGAGGAUGAACAAGGAGUUGAUUUUUCUAUUCGAACAACUGCACACGAUGUUCUGUUAAUCAUUGGCCAGGAAUAUGAACAAAAAUUAUUGCCUUGCUUUUCAGAGGCACUGGGGAAACAUAUAACGGUUGCUGAUGCUGAUAGGAAUGCAGGUCAUCCGUACUGGUGGAAAAUAUACGAAGCGUCCAUGCUGGCUGUAGGUUCUUUCAAAGAACUGAUUACAGAGAACGAGUCUAAAUUUGAUCUGACUCAAUAUUUGAAUCUCGUAAAAAGUAUUAUGGAAUAUCAGCUUGCUAAAAGUACUAAAGUAUCGCCAUAUCUUUUGGGACGAUGCUUGUGGAUUAUCAGUCGUUACUGUGACUGUAACAUCUAUAAUCAACAAAUAUUACAACAAGUGGUUAACGUAACUAUCAGUAGUAUGUCAUUGGAGAAACCGAUCGUUUUGAGAAUUACUGCAGCAAGAGCAAUUUACGGAUUUUGCUCCAACCUUCGAGACUGUAAUGAUGAGCGAAAAUCUUAUCUAAUUACCAAAUUAGAGCAUUUUUUGGAAAGUCUUAUGCCUUUGUUUAGUCAAUCCCAAAACACUGUUCAGGGACUUUUGUUGGAAACGUUAACUGCUAUAAUCGCUUACGACACAGAAGUCACAGCAACAUUAUCCAACAAAGUGGUAUCGCUUAUCAUAGCCAUGUUUCUGAAAUAUCACGACGAUCGUUUUAUAUUGGAACUAGUUCAGGAUAUUCUAAAAAUUCUUUCACAAAAUCCGUUUUGUCUGGUUCCUUUACAAGAAAAAAUUAUUCCGACUCUUGUCAGCAUACUUAAUUCAGAAGGCGAGCAAACAUCCACAAUGCAGGACAUAGCUUUGGAUAUCCUGAGCACCGUUGUAAAAUAUUCCCGUGGACCACUUAGUUCUAACAUAGUUGAAAAUGCGUUUCCAGCCGCAGUACAUUGUAUUCUCCGAACUGAAGAUCAUUCGGUAAUGCAAUCUGGAGGAGAAUGUCUGCGAGCGUUUUUGACGGUUGAUCCAGAACAAAUCUGCGGAUACAAAAAUGGCGAGGGAUUAAAUUAUAUAAUGGAGAUCACAACAAUGUUAUUGAACCCAAUGAACACUGAAUCCACUGCCGCAUUUAUUGGACGACUGGUCAUCACAAUUAUUACCAAAGUUGGAAAUCUACUGGGCGAGAACGUAGAUUUGUUACUAAAAGCCGUUAUCAGUAAAAUGCAACUAGUCGAGUCACUCAAUGUGAUUAUGAGUCUAGUUAUGAUAUUCGCUCAUCUUAUUCUCGUACAAAUGGAUGCUGUGUUAAACUUUUUGAGUACUGUUCCUGGUCCAACUGGCGAACCUGCAAUGACAUUCGUGUUUGUCAAUUGGCUAAGUAGACAACACAUGUUUUAUGGAUCGUACGAACGUAAAGUCAGUACAAUGGCUCUCUGUAAGCUUUUUGAAUAUGGUGUCACGACCAAAGAUGAAAGAUUGAAUUCUGUUAUGAUCAAAGAACCUGUUAUCAAUAUUCAACCAGGAAGAAGAACUCGCUCGGCUGUCUCAAAAAUGAAUCAAGAAUGGGUCGAUGUUCCAAUUUUGUUAAAAAUCUUCAAGCUGUUAGUCAAUGAGUUAUCUAAUUUGAAAGAAGCUAAGGAAGCAUUGGAAGAAGAGGAUGAUUCAGAUGAAUCAAGCAACGCAACAGAUAAUACGAAAGGAAACAAUCUGGUGGCCAUGAUGUUGGGUGAUGAAGAUGAGGAAGACGAAGAUGACCAGCAAAUGAUGCAGGAGCUCAUGCAAAAUCCAAUUUUCCAAUGUGAUAUGCAAGAUUAUUUGGUGAAGUUCGUACAAAGUUUCAGUCGAGACGAACAUUUUCUGGUGUUUCUGGAAAAGAUCGAUGAUGAGGAGAAGUUGAUUCUAAAGGGCUUUGGAAUUAGUGUUGCUUAAAGCAGAAGAGCUUCCGUAUACUUUUGUUCCCAGUGAUGUAGUUAGUUGUAAAGUUUCCUUUGUUUGUCUUUAUGUAUAUGAUACAAUUACAAUAAAAGUUUUAUUGUUUCCACAUUA